AUGGCGUGCCUCAUUGAAUCGAAACUGAAUGAUACUUCUGAAAUUGAUCAUUAUGAAGUUGCCAGAGAAAUCGCCAUCAGAUAUGAGCGAAGCGUCAAAGAGAGACAGAAGAAUAGAAAGAAAGAUGAAGCGAGUGAAAAGAAGGAUAAUAAUUCUUUUGUUCACAAUACUCAAAAUCAGCAGAAUUCUAACAAAAGUUGGUCUCAGAAGCAGAAUCAGAAUCGUAACCAUCAGCAACAGUUCAACUCGCCUAGCAAUAGUUACCAGUCGUAUUCGUCGAACAAUAAUUAUCAGUUUACUUCGUCACUUCAUCAGUCUCCUCCAAUAAAAGGAAAAGAGUGGGAGAAGAAAGUUCCCAUUGAAAUUCCGAACAUCCAGAACGCGGUAGCUGCUGAUGGUGAGCCCGUAAAUCUGUUAUUCCAAGUCAUUCUUGAAACUUCAAUUCGUUCCAAGACUAGGAAAAUUCCGAUAUAUGUUGCUGAUGUCUCCAGAAAUAAUGUCAUUCUUGGCUCCAAUAAUUUCCAAACAAUGGGAAUUCAGUUGUCAGUUGAAAUGGAGCAUCGGGAAAUAAGGACGGUGUAUGAUGUUCAGCUAGCUCCCAAAUCACAUCGGAGUGUAGAAGUUCGCGUAGCAGGAAUUUUCGAUACUGAGAAAUUUUGCCUAGUUCAUUCAAUAAUUGAUCAACUUGCUCUAACAGUCUGUCAAGUGGACACCAAGGGAAAAACUUUCCUUAUGCUUUCUAAUCGCGGAAAAGUUGUCGUUUUCCUAGGAAAAGGUCAACUGAUUGCUCAUGGAGAAUUGGAUAAAACCGAAGUAUUCGAAAAUGAAUUGUUUUCUGAGGAUUCAGCUGAACAUUCGUGUCCAGUGUCCGAUGAAUCUUUGCAAAAGAAUAGUGUUACUGAUUCUCAGUGCGAUGAAAAUCAGAGUGAUGUAGUGGAUUCUUCUACUCCUUUUAACCUUCUAGUUACCAAGGCUCGUGAUAAACAAGAGCUGAUCGACUCUUCUCGGCUAUAUGAAGAUGAUCAAAAUGAACAUCAUGAAUUGGAAAUUGUCCCCGAAUCUCUCAAACCUCCCCCAGAACCGAUACUGGAAAAGGGCGGAGAUGUCGCCUUGGGCGGUGUUUUCCGAACAAAGCCUACAUGCCGCGUGAAAGAAAACAACUCUCUGCGAAAGGGUUUAGGAAUACAGUCUCCAGUCUAUCAAAGCAAUUCAGUUGCUUGCGAAAAAGAGCUCCUGUCUCAAAACUCGCAUCAUAACAAUCUAAUUCAGGAUCAUCCUGCUCAUGCGAAUGAAACAUCACUCAAAGGAACUCGCAUUUUUCUGUCACCAGGGAAGGAUCCACCACCUAAAUCCAACCGUACCAUGUCAUGUGAGCAUCUUCCAAAGGAUUCAAAGGAAUUUUUCGAGGAUUCGUAUCUACCGAAGUUUGCACCUUCAUUAGAGCCAUGGGAUCUACCGUAUGGACCUGGAUCAUCGAUGAUUUUUCAUCCAAUGCCAAGCACAACUACAGAUGCUGAUGCAGAUAUCUCCGGAUCCUCUUCACCAAGAGUCAGCUCAUAUUUCCAACAUGGAUAA